CUGCCCUUGUGUGCAUGUGCCGUGUGGGGCGGUGAUGAUAUCCCAUUCGAGCGCGCACCCUGCCGCCGUGCGCACGACACCGAAAUCGACUGCGAAGCCUACAGUCAUCUCGAUGAUCUCCUGCAUAUAUCUGAACGCCCGGGAGAAGAUUUGUUACGCUGUUCUUUAACGCACCGAGAGGAACAACAUGUCACCUAAGCCACGCUGAUUGCCGCUGUUGACCUACCCGGGACCUGUUUAAUCUCUCUCCGUCGGAAUUGGUGUGAUCGCAUCGGAUAACUUACGGAGUGUCCAAAGAGGACAGGGCGCGUGGUUUCCAUGGAGAAGGGGGAGGAGUUCCGCUUGACGGUGGAGGAUGACGCCAAGUGGUUAGAGUGGGCGCAGAGACAAUUCGCUGCCAUUGCUGGUAACGACCGGCUCAUCGACUGGCAAGAGUUCAAAUCUGCCCUCAAAGUCAAAAAGGAAUUUUUCGCCAAGCGCUUUUUCGCGCUCUUCGAUGCAGACAACAGCGGUACGAUUAGCCUAGACGAGUUAAUGGACGGGCUGCGCAUGCUUACACACGGUGAACCGGCGGAGAAGCUCCGCUUCCUGUUCAACGUGUAUGAUGUCGAUGGCAGCGGUCAGAUCGAUCACGAGGAGUUACGGACCGUCCUAGAGUCUUGCAUGGAAGAAAGUGCCUUACAGCUGAGUUCCAGCGUCUUGGAUGAGCUGACAGAUGCCUUGUUCGAAGCCGCCGAUGAAGAUGGCAGCGGUGCCAUCUCCUUCGAUGAGCUCCGAAGAGAGCUGGAAAAGUACCCGGACGUGAUGGAGAACAUGACAAUCGGUGCUGCUGGCUGGUUGAAACCACCCGAGGACCAGCCCAAGACGCGCAUGCGUAUGCCCCGCUACCUGACCCUCCGCUACAUCAACAACAACCUGCGCAAAGUCAUCUUCGUUAUAGCCUACUGCCUGCUCAACGCCGCUCUAUUCACGGAAGCGGCGCACAGGUUUGCCUCCAACGGGGCCAACUGGUGCAUCGUCAUCGCCCGCGGCUGUGGUCAGUGUCUGAAUCUCAACGGUUCCCUGAUCCUGGUCCUGAUGUUGCGGCAGACGUUGACAUACGUCCGCUCCACCCGCCUGGCCCGCUUCCUGCCCAUUGACCAGCACAUCAUCUUCCACAAGACGGUGGGGCUGAUCAUCGCGGCGCUCAGCCUCGUCCACUCUCUCGCUCACGUGGGGAAUGCAGUAAUCAUCACCAGCCCAUCGGGUCCUCUCCCAAACAACACCGCCUGGGAGGUACUCUUCACUCAACCCCACCUGACCCCUCUGGGACUGGUCAAGCACAGCGCCUUUUUGACUGGCUGGCUGCUGGACAUCAUUCUUGUCGUCAUGGUCAUCUGCUCCUUACCCUUUGUCCGGAGGUCCGGUAACUUUCAGGUGUUUUACUGGACACACCUCAUGUACAUCUUCUUCUGGGUCUUGCUCCUGAUGCACGGCCCAAGGUUCUGGUACUGGUUCAUCAUACCCGGCAUCAUCUUCAUUCUGGAGCGGAUCAGCCAGCUGCGGCUGGUGAGGCAGGCCCAGUUCGGCAAGAUGUACGUGGAGAAAGCCGAGCUGAUGCCCUCUGGGGUCACGCAUCUCAUGAUAACGAGGCCGCCUCAUUUCGACUACUCGCCCGGAGACUACUUGUUUCUGAACAUUCCCGAAAUUGCUAAGCACGAGUGGCACCCGUUUACAAUCAGCAGCGCUCCAGAACAGCCCGACACCUUAUCGCUACACAUCCGAUCGGCCGGCAACUGGACGAACAAGCUGUACAGCUUCUUCGAAGAGCGGCACAAGCGCAACCGCCAGCAGUCCAUCCGCAACAGGUCUCGGCGGGCCAACGGCAGCACGUCGACGGAGAAGGCCGGCGAGGACGACUCGGUGUGCCUGGAUGUGCCCCCCAGCCCACCCUCGGAUUCCUACCGGUACCGCCCGGGCGGGGAGAAGGUGAUGAGCCGGCAGCCGGUGACCAAGAGCAUGAGUUGGAGCGACAAGAACGGGAAGACUGCGACGUACGUGGAGGUUUCAACAGGAAAAAAGCAUUCCAACGGCAAACACAGGAAGCUGAAGAGGCACCCGGCGGAGGAAAGGAUUGAGGUUUUCAUUAACGGGCCGUAUGGCACAGCCACCCGGGCGAUCUUCCGGGCCGAGCACGCUGUACUCAUCGGGGCAGGCAUCGGCGUGACCCCCUUCGCCUCCAUCCUUCAGUCAAUCAUGCUGCGGUGCCGCACCAACCAGCAGACGUGUCCCAACUGCCACCACGAAUGGAUCGGGAGUGUACCGGAGCACGUCAUGCGCAUCAAAAAGGUCGACUUCAUCUGGAUUAACCGUAACCAGAAAGCCUUCGAGUGGUUUGUCCGGCUGCUGACCCAGCUGGAGCUGCAGCAGGCCGGCAUGUCCGAGCGUUUCCUGGACAUGCACAUGUUCAUGACGGCGGCCCUGGGCAAGACGGACAUGAAGGGGGUCGGCCUCCAGAUGGCGCUGGACAUCAUGCACAGCAAGGGCAACAAGGACAUGAUAACGGGGCUGAAGACUCGCACGCAGCCGGGGAGACCCGACUGGGAUAAGCUUUUUGCCGACAUUGCGGGACAGAGGAAGGGUAAAGUUCAAGUGUUUUUCUGCGGCUCGCCCAUCCUUGGCAAGACGAUCAAGGCCAUGUGCGAAAAGUUCAAGUUCCACUUCCACAAGGAAAACUUCUAGACUGUUCGUCCCCUCUGACAGUCCGAAUCUCCCCCCCCGCCCCAGACGACGCGAUGUUUGUUGAUUUUUUAUACCCACCGCAGGUCACGUGACCUAGUGGUCGCAAACGGCCUAUUCUAACGGAAAUCGGCACGCCCCGCGAAAUUUUGCGUUUGUGCAUCAAGGCCCGUUCACACUUGGUGUUUGAUCAAAUCAGUCGCACUGUGAAUUCGCGGAAGUUGAACACAAUUUCUCCCCGACCAAAAAUUUGCUGCAGAUCUUUCUUGACGUCAAAUUUGUGUCGCUUUUGCAUUCACCUGUAGUAUCUGAACCAGCUUUUAGGCAGAAACCUGCCCAAUUUGCGAAAAUCCUCAUGUGACUUACGGACUUUCCACAAUAGUGAUAGCGCCGCAAUGGAACAAUCCAAGGCACCGCUUCAAGCAGAAGCAAACCCUCAUCGGUUGCAAAGAGACGCUUUGGUCUGGGGGUAAUCAUUUCGUUGGUAGCAAUGCGAAUGCAACGCUCGCAUUUCUUAGUCGUUCGUGAACCAGCGAUGCGUAGUAACCAAACGAGUAUCCGUUGCUGAGGAUAGCGCCCCCUCUUGGUCCAACUGAUGCCCUGAGGAAUCGUUUAACGAAGUCAGCUCCUAACGAGACCGCUGUCUCCGUGCUGGUUUCCUGGAAGAGUCGCUCAGGGUUUAACAGAGGUUAAUCUGUCUAUCCCGCGGUGUGCGUUCGCUCAUAUGGUGACCUUGUUAACAGUUGCGCAGGAAACCACUUUGCCUCUUACCUGAGGACGUAUGUUACCGCUCGUCUAUUUAUUAAUAUGGGCCUUAAGUCCAUUAAGUUACGUCACAUGUCCUUCGCAAGUAAUAAAUCUUAAGCCUCAGUUGCAAGCCAUUUAACUGAAAUGUGACAGAAGCAUUCUUCGUCACUGUUCGUCCUGUGAAGAAGGACUUGUGAAGGGGACUUAUGACCGCAUAUAAAGCAAGAUAUGAGAUGCAGAGUACCCCCACCUUUGUGUUGGUCAAUGUUUGAUCGGAAUCUCAGGAAUUCUCUACAGACAUGGGGGGGGUAUGUUAGGUAUCAAUACUCUAGGGUGUGCUUAGGGAUUGGACAUGUAGGGGGAGGUAACUUCCGUCCCAUAUCUUGCUGGAUAUGUGACUGGACUCCGGGAGGACGUUUGAUUUAACUCGAACCAACUUCAAUUACACUUCAUAUUUUUGGAAGGCGUUUGGUCAUUUGGAGACUCAAAUGAAUCAGUGUCUUGUUGGUUGGGGCAAAUCAUUAAUUUUUUUAAAUGAUGACAAGCGUCAAUCUACUUAAUUGAGCUGCCAACAGGGAGGCACUAAAGUGCAUAAAGCACAAACCUGCGUGGUGCAUUUGUGAACUUACACUAAUAUCAAAUUAUUUUAGCAUCCCAAAGGAUUUGUUUCACACAAGAGCGAAGCAUUUUACAAAAAAGGUCAAACCCUUCACUUGUAUCAUUAUUACUAUCAAAGGAACUUCGUAACAAACACUUGCAGAGCAUCACAUCUUAACGCAGUCAUCACCAAGUGCACUACGAUAUGAACAUCUUAACUUGUUCUACUCAGACCACGCACUUACGAUAUUUUAAAUGUAUUUUCGAAACAAUAAAUGAGAGUACAAUCAUUUUCCCUAUCAAAACACUCUGCCUCUUGUGUUGUCCAAAAAUAAAAGUGGAUGUGGUGGCAACGUAAUGAAUUUCCAUCGAAGCUAUUUCUUUUUUUUGUAAAUAACCUGGCUGAUAUAAUCAUACUGCCAGUUUUGUAAAUCUUUCUUCCGAAAGAUACCAUUAAACCUUUUGCAAUCUUAACUUAGUUCGCAUGUAUAAGUUAUUUAUUCUCUUGUUUAAUUAGAUUUAAUCGAUGUUUACAAAAAAACGAAGUUUAAGCUUUUCAAGUUUCGUGGGAUGUUCGGAGAUUCUAAGACACAUGGAUAAAUUAUGAAAAGUGAAUGUCUGAUUGAUAAUAGUGAUAAAAGGAUGUGACAACAUUGGUGACGAUCGUGAUGUUCAUUAUGGUGAAAACUGGGAUUAUAUGUAUGCCGACGAAGGUGAUCCUGACAGUGACAAUCAGUGCUGAUGGUGAUGAUAAUGACGAUGGUAGCGUGAUGUCGAUGAGGAUAAGUUUAAGCACUCUGUGUAACCAUGGGAAUCUAAGAUUAUGCCUGUGACAAGAGCUACGCUGCUGGUAAUGGAUGAUGUUAGACUACACUGUCACAUGGUGACGAGGACACGUGUCAGUGAAGAGCAUGAAAUCUGGUGGGUGGCCGCGGUGACCUUGUGGAGAUCUUAUCAAUGGAUGGCAGAGAUGAUACUGGUGAUUAUCCUGUUCGUGUACAUUGAAAAAAAAGCAAUAAUGGCGGCAAUGGUAAUUGUAUAAAAACGCGAUUCUAAAUCCCAUAAAGAUAAGUGAUAUCGGCGAAGACGUAUUAUAUACGGCUUAUUUUUCAACUGUUAUUCUUUCCACGAGUCACAUAGAACUUGUUUCAUGUUGAGCCCCAAGCUAUUCUUAACACUGUGAUCUCCAACGAUGAAGUUAAUCAAAAAUUAGCGUCUCAGUAUGGCAACGGGAGUAACGGCGAGAGUGAUUUUAACGAGGCAAGUGGUGAGUGACCCGAAAGGUCUGUAUGUGUUUCCCCAUCAAUAUCUACACACUAUUUUAUAGGGAACAGUUGUAUUUGCGUAAUCCACGUGGGGGGGGGGACAAGCUGAAUGGUAUGGUUUCGGUCCUGCCAUGUAUUGCAUUCUAGAAAAAUUUUAAUAAACAAUGCAUUGCAAAAUAAUGGA